AACCCCUCCCACAUCCUAUGAAACGUAUACAGACUCGCUCAGAAUACUUAUUCAGUUUUAUUUGGGCAAUACAACCAAUUGGUGGAAAGGAAAGGAGAGGACAUGACACAAGGGCAGAAAACAAUAAGAGCCAUGUUUACUUUUUUGCUGCUCUUAGGGUUUUGCACUGUCGGCGUCUGUCUCUCUCGUCAGUAUCUCUUCAUUAACGAGAAUAAAACUUGGGCUGAAGCACAGAGAUACUGCAGAGAGAAUUAUGUUGACUUAGCCAGUAUUGAUAAUGCUAAAGAAGAGCUGGCCCUUAUUAAAACAGCAGAUAUCAGGAACAAAAGCCCAGUCUGGCUUGGGCUGUAUGAUGAUCUGAACAGCUGGAAAUGGUCUCUGGAUGAUUAUGCUUUCUACAAGGAGGGAGAGAGUAUGUUUAGAAACUGGUAUAUACAGAAACCAAGCAACUGGGAUGGAAAAAGUUUGUGUGUGUUUGUGUCACGUUUUAGUGCAGUAUGGCAGGUGAAUGAUUGCUCUCAAAUGCUUCCAUUCAUUUGUUUUGAUGGGAGAAUCAAUGCCAGUGAAAUCUACGUCCCAGUUUAUCAGUACAUGAACUGGACUGAAGCUCAACGUUACUGCAGAGAGCAUUACACUGACCUGAUCAGUGUAAGAAAUGAGAUUGAGAACCAGAAGAUAAGACUGUUCUUAUAUAAUAAUAUUGAUUAUGGUUAUUAUUAUUAUUAUUAUUAUUAUUAUUAUUAUCGUUAUGGCAUUUUUUGGAUCGGCCUGUACAGAACCAGGUCUUGGUCAGAUAAAAGCAACUCUUCCUUCACCAACUGGAUUCCUGGACAACCAGAUAAUUAUGCACAGAAUGAAUCCUGUACUGCCGUCUCAUUUAAUGAUUCUUAUUCUGGAAAAUGGACAGAUGAAAACUGCAAUCAAACUAUCCCGUUCCUCUGCUACAGCAGAAUGUUAUCAGCAUCCUCCCGUCAGUAUCAUUUCGUUAAUAAGAAUAAGACCUGGACUGAAGCACAGAGAUACUGCCGUGAGAAUUACACUGACCUGGCUACCGUUGAUAACAUGGAGGAAAUGAACACACUCCUUAACACAGUAAAUGUAAGCUACUUAGGUUUAGCCUGGAUUGGACUGUAUGAUGAUCUGGACACCUGGAGAUGGUCUCUGGAUGAUGAUAGUUUCUACAAGGAAGGGGAGAAAAUGUUCAGGGGAUGGUACCAUGAACCUGAUAACUACAAUGGAAAAGAGCUGUGUGUGUUUAUCCGUUAUGAUGGGAAAUGGUCAGAUGGAGAUUGUAACAAUGAUUUGACUUUUGUUUGCGAUGAUGCACAACAUUCCUCUAGUACAGGACGAAAUGUAACAGAUGGUUACAUCUGGGUUAACCAGUUCAAGCCCUGGGCAGAAGCUCAGCGUUACUGCAGACAGCAUUACAAAGACCUGGCAAGUGUGAGGAAUCAAGCAGAUAAUAAAAAAAUCCUCAACCUCACAGGUGGCUCUCACGCGUGGAUUGGCUUAUACAGGACCAGACUCUGGUCAGACCAGCACUCGUCCACAUAUGAAAACUGGAGCCCAGCCACCCCUUAUAUUCAUGAACAACCAGACAAUGGUAUAUAUGAAAUUUGGGAACAUGGCAAUCAGCAAUGCACUGCUGUAUCAUUCAGAGAUUCAGGGCAGUGGACAGAUGAGGACUGCUUAACCACAUUCCCUUUUAUCUGCUAUAACAAAUUUUGCUCAGGAUCAUUAUGCACCAAGCAGUAUCACUUAGUCACUGAGAACAAGACCUGGACUGAAGCCCAGAGUUACUGCAGAGAGAAUUACACUGAUCUGGCCACCAUCGAUAACAUGGAGGACAUGGGAAGGCUGCUUGACGCGGUAUACGGCACCUAUUCUGGUUUAGCCUGGAUUGGACUGUAUGAUGAUCUGAACAGCUGGAAAUGGUCUCUGGAUGAUUAUCAUUUCUACAAGGAAGGAGAGAGAAGCUUUAGAAACUGGUAUCAAUACAAACCGAGGAACUGGAUUGAAAAUAGUUUGUGUGUAUACCUUUCAACGUUUAAUAUGGUAUGGUGGGAGGCUCCUUGUUAUUACUCAAUGCCAUUCAUUUGCUUUGAUGGAAGGGGAAAUGCUAGUGAAAAUUAUAUCCUUGUUUAUCAGUCCACGAACUGGACUGAAGCUCAGAAGUACUGCAGAGAGCAUUACACAGACCUGCUCAGUGUGAGGAAUGACACUGAGAACCAGAGGAUGCGAUCAUUAUUACAUGGUCAUUUUAGCAAUGUAUGGAUUGGCCUAUACAGAUCAAGAUCUUGGUCAGAUAAGAGCAACUCCUCUUUCAGCAAUUGGUAUAUAGGACAGCCAGGUAAUUAUGGACAGAGUAAAUACUGUACUGCUGUUUUUACCGAGUCUGGGAAAUGGACAACUGAAAACUGUGGUCAAACCUUUCCAUUCUUCUGCUACAGGACAGCAGCAUCAGUCUCUCAUCAGUAUUACUUUGUUAAUGAGUAUAAGACCUGGACUGAAGCACAGAGAUACUGCCGAGAGAAUUACACUGACCUGGCAACCAUUGAUAACAUGGAGGAAAUGAACACACUCCUUAACACAGUAAAUGGCAGCUACACCGGUUUAGCCUGGAUUGGACUGUAUGAUGAUCUGGACAGCUGGAAAUGGUCUCUUGAUGAUGAUGCUUUCUAUAAGGAGGGUGAGAGAGAGUUCAGAGGAUGGUACCAUGAACCCAAUAAUUACAAUGGAAAAGAACUGUGUGUUUCCAUGCAAUACACAGGGGAAUGGUAUGAUCAGCAGUGUACUCAGAGACUGGGAUUUGUUUGCUAUAAUGGUACAGGCAACACAUAUGUAUGGAUUUCUGAAAGAAUGACUUGGGAUGAAGCGCAAAGUUUCUGCAGAGCGAAACACACAGACCUGACCAGUGUGAGGAAUGAGACUGAGCUUCAGCAGAUAUUGCGCAUCACACAGGGCUUUGAUGUAUGGAUAGGUCUUUAUAGGAACCUAUUAUGGUCAGAUCAGAGCAACUCAACUUUUUCAUAUUGGAGACCAGCGAUUCAACAGCAUAUAAUAGCAGAACCUGAUAAUGGAUUGUAUUCAUUUGCACAAUAUGGAGACCAACACUGCACUGCUAUGGAUUCUACUGGCAAAUGGACUGAUGAAAACUGCUUAGCCAGUUUCCCUUUCUUUUGCUAUAGUAGUGAGUUCAUCUCUUUUCAGUGA